AUGAAAAAAAUGGUGAGGACAUGUGCGGCUCCAGGCUGUAGAACUGGAUACCCUUUGAAGAAAGGUGAAGCAAAUCAAGUUAGACCAAAACGAGCACUGUUCGCAGCCCCCAAAGACCAAGAAUUGUUGAAGAAGUGGCAACACAACUUACCAAGAAAAGAAUUCAAGUUGAGUAAUAGCUCUGAUGUCUGUGCGUUACACUUCCUACAAGAAGAUAUCCAGAACUCCUACUUUGGAUUGUGUAAUGGUGUACCAUCUGACGUUAAUGCACUGCAGACCGUUAACAAACAUUUAAGACCAGGAGCUGUACCUGUUUUAUGGCCUGGAUGCCCAGAUUAUCUGUCAAAGAAAGAGAAACCGAAAAGGAAACCUCCCAAAGAAUGA